GCGGGAUACAGAUUACGUCAUUUAUGCUGCAUUAAUUGUGGCUUAACAUCUUACAAUUUGAUUAACGGUUUCCUGAAAGUACCACUGAAUUUCUCCGGUUUUGGCCUAAAGAAAAAAAAAGGAAUUUCUCUGGUUUUCACUCGUAAAAUUCCAAUCCACACCAAAGCUGCGUUCCAUUCCAAUCCACCCCUCGCAUGCUCCCAAUCAAGGACCGAUGGAUCCCAUGGCCACCACGUGGAGCCGCUCGGUGAGGCGCCGCGCGCCGGCGAGCGAGCAGGACGAAGCGGAGCGGCGUGAAUUGAUCCAGAAGGCGGAGGAACUGGAGGAGGCGGUGGAGGCGCUUCGGGCGGAGAGGGACGCGGCGGCAGAGGAGGAGGCGGCGCUGCGGGCCGAGCUCGAGGCGGAGCGCGGCGCGGCGGAGUCCGCGGCGAGCGAGGCCAUGCGGAUGAUCGAGCGGCUGCAGCGGGAGACCGCCGCGCUGCUCCUUGAGGCGCGCCAGCUCCGCCGCCUCGCCGAAUCGCGCGCCGGCCGCGACCGGGAGCUCGAGUCCCGGCUCGCGUCGCUCUCCGCGCUCGCCCGCGGAUACCUCUCCUUGCUCCGCGCCCACGGAAUCGACCCCGACGCCGAGGAAGACGACCAACAGGAGCGCCCGCCUGUUGCAGGGGAGGAGUUCGAGGACACAGGGCGUGUUGUGGCCAUGGCGGCGGCGGCGGAAGAGGAACGGGAGCAGGAUCGUGUCGCUGUGGAUGCUGCUGCGGAGGAUUUGUGCGCGAGGUUGGAGGCGCUGGAGGCGGACAGCACGGCGGAGCGGAGGGAGGUGGCGGCGCUGCGGGCGGAGCGGGCGCGGGUGGUGCUCGCGAGGGAGAUGGCGCGGCGGCUGCGCCAGGAAGCGGCGGCCGUCGCCGAGAGGCCUCCGGAUGCUGCCGUCAGGGCGGCGCACAAGCCGCGCUUCUGCGUGCUUGCUGUUUGCAAGUGGUUCUUCUCCAUGAUGCACGUAAGGAGGAAGAAAUGCUCUGCAGCCAGGUAACGCGCAAUGCAAAGAGGCUCUUCUGAGUUCUGACUUCUGACCCAACUGGUGCUCUCUGUGUGUGUUUCAGUUCCAGUUUUCUGAAGAUGCAACUGAGCUUUUUACGCGAACGAUGUUUCCUGAUGAAUCCCAGGUUCACCUUGGGCUUGUCGACGGCGGCGCUCCUGGGCCUGCUUCUAAAGCUGGACAGGCCAUCGCCCGCCGUCGCGGCGUA